GUAGACAAGAUGGGACUUCUGUGGUGUGUAUUGAGUCUCUACUUCUAUGGGAUCCUGCAAAGUGAUGCCUCGGAACGCUGCGAUGACUGGGGACUCGACACCAUGCGGCAGAUCCAGGUGUUUGAGGACGAGCCGGCUCGCAUCAAGUGCCCGCUCUUUGAGCACUUCUUGAAAUACAACUACAGCACAGCGCACUCGGCUGGCCUCACUCUGAUCUGGUACUGGACCAGGCAGGACCGCGACCUCGAGGAGCCUAUUAACUUCCGCCUGCCCGAGAACCGCAUCAGCAAGGAGAAAGACGUGCUCUGGUUCCGGCCCACCCUCCUCAACGACACCGGCAACUACACCUGCAUGUUAAGGAACACCACAUAUUGCAGCAAAGUUGCAUUUCCUCUGGAAGUUGUCCAAAAAGAUAGCUGCUUCAAUUCUACCAUGAAAGUCCCAGUGCAUAAACUAUAUAUAGAAUAUGGUGUUCAGAAGAUCACUUGUCCGAAUACAGAUGGAUAUUUUCCUUCCAGUGUCAAACCAUCCGUCACUUGGUAUAUGGGCUGUCAAAAAAUACAGGACUUUAGUAAUGUGGUGCCUGAGGGAAUAAACUUGAGUUUCCUCAUAGCCUUGGUUUCUAAUAAUGGAGAUUACACGUGCGUUGUUACAUACCCAGAAAAUGGGCGUACAUUUCAUCUCACCAGGACUCUGACUGUAAAGGUGGUAGGCUCUCCAAAAUAUGCAUUGCCUCCGCAGAUCCAUUCACCCAAUGAUCUUGUGGUCUAUGAAAAAGAACCAGGAGAGGAGCUGCUCAUUCCCUGUAAAGUCUUUUUUACUUUCCUGAAGGACUCUCGCAAUGAGGUUUGGUGGACCAUUGAUGGAAAAAAGCCAGACGACACCACUAUUGACGUAACUGUUAAUGAAAGUGUGAGUCAGUCUAAAUUAGAAGAUGAAACAAGAACUCAGAUUCUGAGCAUCAAGAAGGUGACUGCUGAAGAUCUCAAGCGCAACUACGUCUGCCACGCUAGAAAUGCCAAAGGGGAGGUUCAGCAGCCUGCCAAGGUGAAGCAGAAAGUGAUUCCUCCAAGAUACACAGUGGAACUGGCCUGUGGUUUCGGAGUGACAGUGCUGCUUGUGGUGAUUCUCAUUGUGGUGUACCAUGUUUAUUGGCUGGAGAUGGUCCUAUUUUACCGAGCUCACUUUGGAACAGAUGAAACCAUUUUAGAUGGGAAGGAAUAUGAUAUUUAUGUAUCCUAUGCCAGGAAUGCUGAAGAAGAAGAAUUUGUAUUAUUGACCCUCCGUGGAGUUUUGGAGAAUGAAUUUGGAUACAAGCUGUGCAUCUUUGACAGAGACAGUCUGCCUGGGGGAAUUGUCACAGAUGAGACCUUGAGCUUCAUUCAGAAAAGCAGACGCCUCCUGGUUGUCCUAAGCCCCAACUACGUGCUCCAGGGAACCCAAGCCCUCCUGGAGCUCAAGGCUGGCCUAGAAAACAUGGCCUCUCGGGGAAACAUCAACGUCAUUUUAGUGCAGUACAAAGCUGUAAAGGAGACGAAGGUGAAAGAGCUGAAGAGGGCUAAGACGGUGCUGACGGUCAUUAAAUGGAAAGGGGAGAAAUCCAAGUAUCCACAGGGCAGGUUCUGGAAGCAGCUGCAGGUGGCCAUGCCAGUGAAGAAAAGUUCCAGGUGGUCUAGAAGUGGAGAGCAGGGUCUCUCCUAUUCAUCCUUGAAAAAUGUAUGAAAGGGACAAUGAAAGGGGUAAACAGAUCCAAGGGUACCCCAGGGAGAAAGAGUUCCUCCUUCUUGAUGCUCAGUUAUUAUUCCACGGACAGAAAACAAUUCUAUGGAAGCCUCCUCACAGGGAUAAAUUCAGGGUGACUAUAUGACUGGUUUUUGUUUUCUCAGGCAAUGCUAAGAUUUAGAAUGAUCGUGCCACCAGCCUGUCACCAGUGUCCGAUGUCACUACAUUCUUUGCAGGCAAAGACUUGGUUGAUGUGAAAUUUGUCUUCUGCAUCUCUGUCCCUGUUCUUACAUGCCCCCCCCCCCUCUCACUUUUACAUUAUAGGGAUGCCUUUGGCUAUGGAUUGACAGAGCCCUUAAAGAUAAGUCAUCUGUUAACAGGGUCAUCAUGAGUUCCAAGUAUAUUUUUCUUUUUCUUUUAUUGUUACUCAUUCAUUAGAAAGAUACCAGGGUUUAAAUUUACUUUAGCUGGGGAUAAUGAGCUCUUCUGCCCAUUCUGUUGUGCCACACACCGUCACAGCAAGACCGACACCCACUUGGACGGUAAAGAGCAGUAUUACUGAAAAUGUUCAUUAUCAUUGAUUUAAGGGACUUGCCUGCAUUUUCUCCUCCUACACCCCCAGUGCCCUCUAUCUCAGGUAAUUGAUGUCCUAUUUGUCAACUUGAACAAUGUAAUUUUUAUAUUAUGGUAAACUUCGGAAUACCUGUAGGUUGGCCCAUAGUUGUCAUUCCAUCCCCCCAUCUACUGUAACUUGUUUGUAUUGGCCACUCAGAGUUUACAGGUGGCUCCGCACUUGGUUCAGUCUGAUAGGAAGCUUCUCCUAAUGGUGCUAAUAGAGUGAAAUAAUAGCAAAAUGCUUUUAGGGCAUUUUCUGGCUUGUGAGAAAAGAGCAGAACAGCGUGUUUGGCCAUUUGUCUUGUAAUCUCAGCCUUACUAAUGUGAAUAUUAGAAAAGUGAUUUCUCCUCACUUCUUUCUGACUCUCCAUUGUAAAAAGUGUGGAAGUUAGACUCAGUGACCUUGAGAGCUGCCUUUAGCCUUAAUAUUCUAAGAGAAUUAACUAACCCCCUAGUAUCCUCCCUAUUUUAUUCACUGCUACAGUUAAUACACUCACUCCAAACAUGUCAGCUGAAAGAUCACUGUCAAUGUAACUUGUUUUAGUUUGUUUUUAGUAAAGUUUCACUGUUCUUAAGACUUGGAAAAGUGAAAACUAAGUCUAGAGUUUACAGAGUGAUAAAUAUCUACAUAUACAUGUGUAUAUACAUUUACAUAUACACACAAAAAUUAUAUAUAUGUGUAUCUAUUGCA